AUGGACGUUGCCGCGGGUACCCGCCUGCUGCGAAGCUGGGGUAUCGAGACUCCCAAACAGGAGCUACGCUUCACCGUCCAGCGGAGAUCCAGCAGGGAUGGAAGACAGUUAAGAACACUAAAACAGGGCGAGCACACACGGCCAAGUAACAGAGCUGCCGGACGGCCAGGAAGACAUCGCAAACUCUCUAAAGUCACCACACGGACAUUGCAGAUACUAGAGACCCUAUGGACUCAAGGGUAA